AUGGAUAUGGAUAUAGGAUGUCGACGUGAUAUUCGCCCACUACUUGAUUUCCCGGCAUGGGUACCGCGAACAUGGCCUUAUGGUGUCAGCAACGACCUGAUGGCGAGCUCUCCUGGCCAUCCCUUGAUGAUAAAAGCUGCAUUAAGCCUUUAUGAUCACAACUGGUGGUACGUUAGUAAGUAUGUAACAGUGUUCUUUACCACAGGGCCGAUGUUCUUCAGCGGAAUUAUCUUGUCGUGGUUCGAAAUAUUGAAGACGGGUGCAAAAGAUGAUAUAGCCAGUUUCAAGGGGCCACACGGCCUUGCCAUAUUGCCGUCGCAGCUGUACGACACAACGGAAUAUACUUUCUUUUCGCAUUUCCCUGGAUCCACAUGGCAUGGAAACGACGUUGCAGUCCUUUCAUGGCUGUAUCAUUAUCUCUGGAUAUUCUUCUUGGUGGCUUUUGCCCUGAUGAUUGUCUCGGUUGUCCUUGGGCCAACGAGGCGCGCAAAGAGGCGAAUGCCUCGUUUUAUGAUGAAGCAAGAGCUGGUGUGA